AAAACAGCAAAAGCGUAAAGACUUUGAACUUAAAACAAUGGCGAGACCGAGACGAAGAAACACAGAGAUCGGUGAUGGCUUCACAGAGAUAUUCAACAGAGAGAUUGGUUUCUCUCAUCCAAUCACCAUCUCUCGUCGAAUCUCCGCUUCUGAGGGGAUAGUGAAGAAACUCGAUCUUUACGGGAAGUUAAAUGGUCAUGAGGGAUGUGUGAAUGCCGUGGAGUUCAAUUCGACUGGCGAUGUUCUUGUUUCGGGUUCCGAUGAUCGACAAAUCAUGCUUUGGAACUGGUUGAGUGGAAGCAGGACAUUGUCGUAUCCCUCUGGACAUUGUGAAAAUGUGUUUCAGACUAAGUUCAUACCUUUUACGGAUGACCGGACAAUCAUAACAUCUGGUGCUGAUGGACAAGUAAGACUUGGUCAGAUCCUAGAAAAUGGUAAAGUGGAGACAAAAAGGCUAGGGAGGCAUCACGGUCGCGUGUACAAGCUUGCUGUUUUGCCUGGAGAUCCUAAUGUAUUCUACAGCUGUGGUGAAGAUGGUUUUGUUCAACAUUUUGAUAUACGAAGCAACAGUGCCACUAUGGUUUUGUAUUCCUCUCCGUUCACACAAGGCUGCAGGAGACAUCACUCCAGUAGUAGGAUCAGAUUAAAUUCUAUUGCGAUCGAUCCGAGGAAUUCAUAUUAUCUUGCGGUUGGGGGUUCCGAUGAAUAUGCACGAGUCUACGACACUAGAAGAGGACAAUUAGCUCCAGUAUGUCGCCACGUCUUACCAGACGCGCCUGUGAACACUUUCUGUCCUCGUCAUCUCCGGGAAACAAACAGUGUUCACGUCACGGGAUUGGCGUAUUCCAAAGCUGGAGAACUGCUGGUCUCUUACAACGACGAGCUCAUUUAUCUGUUUGAGAAGAACAUGGGUUAUGGUCCGUCGCCAGUUUCUAUCUCUCCUGAGAAACUGCAAGAAAUGGAAGAACCACAGGUGUAUGCAGGUCACCGCAAUGCACAAACAGUGAAAGGAGUAAACUUUUUCGGUCCAAAUGAUGAAUAUGUGACGAGUGGUUCAGACUGCGGUCACAUAUUUAUAUGGAAGAAGAAAGGGGGUAAGCUUGUUCGGGCUAUGGUGGGUGAUAGACGAGUGGUGAAUCAGCUAGAGUCUCACCCACAUAUACCGUUACUUGCAUCUUGCGGGAUUGAAAAGAGUGUUAAGCUCUGGACGCCAAUGUCAAACGAUGUUCUUUCCCUGCCUGAAAAGAUCGAAAAGGUGAUGGAACUAAACAGGGUUGGGAGAGAAGACCAAUCGAGGGUGACAUUGACUCCUGAUGUAAUUAUGCAUGUUCUCCGGCUACAGAGACGUCAGACGUCGGCUUUUACAGAGAGAAGAUACAUUUCAACUGACAUUGGCAGUGAUGAAGGAAAUGACGCUCACUUCAUUGCGAGCUUAGUAGCCAACGACGAUGAGUCUUCAGAAAGAGAAUGUACUGUAAGCUGAGUCCUCGACUAGUGUAAUAGAUUACAGGUCCCUCUAUGUCUUCCAAAUACUUGUGGAUUUUGCUUGUGUUGUAAUAUUUAAUAAGGAAAGGAAAAUAAGAACGAGAAAUUAAG